AUGAAAACAUUUAACUAUGCAAAGAAAAACAACCUUCUCAGCAAAACACAGUUAAAUAAUUUAUUUCCGCCGUAUAACCCACCUUCUUCAGAUACAUUCGAUGUAUCACUUUUAGUUUAUCUUUUGAGGAACAUAUGUGGACUCAAGUCAAAAUCGAAUUGGUGGAGUGAAAACGACAACAGUAAAAUACCGGAUAAGAUGGUUGAUGAGGAGGCCGACAUUGCUCGUUUAAAGAACUUGAGAAAUGAGAUGCAGCAUAAGCAGGUUGCUUCACUUGAGCAGGUGGAAUUUGAGACAAUGUGGGAUUUGGCGGAAAAGGUAAUGCUUCGACUUGCUACGAAAUGCAAUAUACCUGACCAGAAGCAGAAAAUUGAUGAUAUAAAAGACAGACAACUGGAUUUAGUUACAGAAGAAAUGAGGAGUAUAAGAGCAAACACAGAACUGUUUUUCCAAGACUAUCAAGACGAUGACCGAUAUGUAGAAACUGCUGCUUAUCAGAAAGCGAAGACAGUUCUUGAGGAGAAACAAAUUGUCAUACUCACCGGUCACCCAGGCGAAGGCAAAACAACCAUGGCUGCUAGACUUGCGCUACACAUGAUUAUAGUAGACGACAUAUUUGGUGCAGGUGCGCUUGAUCAAAAGUUGGUAGGUGAUUGGAGACAAUACCUAACUGAUAUAGAAAGAGCAGCAAAGAAAAAGGCCGUGAGAGUAAUUAUAACAUCCAGACAUUACAUAUUUGAGGAAUCUAAGGAGGAACUGGGUUCUUUGCCAAUGUUCAAAGAUGAAAAUGAAACCGUUCUUCUGCUUACUUCCUCCGAACUUACACACGAUGAGAAAACUAACAUUCUUAAAAUGCAAGCGGAGAAAAAUGAGAAACAGCUUGAAGACUGCACUAUAUUUGAAUGUGUUGAAGCUUCAAGGGGGCCGACAGAAGACAUUAACGAUUUUUUGUUUGGCUUCCCCGAAUGUGCCUCAAUGUUUGUCAGAAAUGAAAACAUGUUGCAGAAAGGAGCAGCCUUUUUCAAGAAACCUGCAUCACACUACAAGAAAUAUUUAGAAGCUUUAUACAGAGGAAAAGAGAAGGAUAAAUUUUUAGCACUUGUUGCUGUAUGGGCCAAAGAAAAUAAACGAUUAUCACGGGAUGAACUACGGACAAGGAAAACUGCUUCAGACCAUAUCAAACGAAUAGCAGAAAUAUUCGACCACGAUCUUGAUAAAGAAUUUCUCGAGACAAUGCGACUAUCACUUGAUACCCAUGUUGGAGGAUAUCUAGUUUUCAGUAAAGCGACAGGAGAAUAUGCAUUCAGUCACAAUGUCAUUGGGGACAUGGUCGGACUGGUCAUCGGGAAGAAGAAGCCAGAGGAAACCGUGGAAAUUUGUCCUAGAGAUUUUCUGAUGGAGUAUAUUUCCAUUGGUGAAACCGCGCGAGAUGACUUUAAAAAACUCCAACAGUAG